AUUUAAACACUUUCAAGUAUGGAGGUUAAUCACAAACUACUUAUUCUUUGGACCAGUUGGCUUUAAUUUUUUAUUUAACAUGAUCUUUUUAUAUCGUUACUGCCGAAUGCUUGAAGAAGGCUCUUUCCGAGGUCGGACGGCAGAUUUUGUAUUUAUGUUCCUUUUCGGAGGACUUUUAAUGACUCUUUUUGGCCUGUUUGUGAACUUGGUUUUCUUGGGUCAGGCAUUCACAAUAAUGCUCGUGUAUGUAUGGAGCCGCAGGAAUCCCUAUGUCCGUAUGAACUUUUUUGGUCUUCUCAUUUUUCAAGCCCCAUUUCUACCCUGGGUAUUGAUGGGCUUUUCGCUGCUUUUGGGGAACUCCAUCAUUGUGGAUCUCCUGGGCAUUGCCGUUGGGCAUAUAUAUUUUUUCUUAGAGGAUGUCUUUCCCAAUCAGCCUGGUGGUGGAAGGCUUCUGAGAACACCAUCUGUCCUGAAAGCAAUAUUUGAUACACCGGAAGAUGAUCCUAACUACAAUCCCUUGCCAGAAGAACGACCAGGAGGAUUUGCAUGGGGAGAGGGUCAGCGCCUUGGAGGCUAAGUGUCUGUGCCAAAACCCAGCGACAACUGGGAGAGACUGACCUGAAUGAAGUUCCAUACUGGGGACUGUCUCUUUCCCCAUCGCAGAAAGGACACUUUUUGACAGCUCUAUGGUUUUGAAUACAAGCACUUUAUGAAAUGGCAGUGUAAUCCAAGGCGCUUCCAGGCGACCAGUGUCUUUCCCAGUCAGGGAAUUUAUUGUGCUAGUAAUGAAAAUACUAAUCCAGUGGAGCCAAAAACCUAAAACUGGAAAUCAUUUCCUGUCAACUUCAGUUAACAAGACGAUGAGUACUUGUUUAAAACUAUUUCUAAAGCAUUUUUUCAAGUUAUUUGAUACAGGAAACUAUAUGGGAAACUUUACAGGGGACAAAACCAACUUUUUUGGUUUUAACUCAUUUUUUAUUCUUGGAUAAAACAGCUACAAGAUGGUUGAAAAUGUAAGUCCCUAGUUCAAUGGCGAAAGGUUUUUUAAUCUGAGAUGCUAUUGUCUCCAGUCUCAUUUGAAUUGUAAGAAAUACGACAUGUAGCAUAAUGCAGGCUUUUCACUUUGCCAGCUGGGUUUCUGGAGUGUGCCUCUGUGUGAAUACGCUUGCAGGCUGGGACUACAUUUUGAUGGCUUUUUCCCCCAAAGGCUGUGUGUUCAGACGACCAGGUUUGAGUCUUACUGGUUUGUUUAAAUAGGUAGUUCUACAAAACCCACCCCCACACAUGCACACUUGCAACAGUUAUUAAAUGACUUGGAGCACUAGGGAAGAAAACUUGUCUGGAGUCAGAACCGCACAAGUAUCUCAGGCGGUGAGUUGAAUAAAAUGUCUUGUGGA